AUGUCUACAACAACAAGUAAUGCACCACCUACAGUUAUAUGUAUCGGAAUGGCGGGUUCUGGGAAGACCACAUUUGUGCAAAGAUUGAAUUCACACUUGCAUUCAAAGAAGACCCCGCCAUAUGUGAUAAACUUGGAUCCAGCGGUUUUGAAAGUGCCAUUUGGAGCAAACAUUGAUAUAAGAGAUUCAGUCAAGUACAAGAAAGUUAUGGAACAAUACAAUUUGGGUCCAAACGGGGCAAUUGUCACAUCUUUGAAUUUGUUUUCCACCAAGAUAGAUCAGGUUAUUAAAUUGAUUGAAAAGAAGAAGGAUAGAAUAAACAACGUUGUUAUUGAUACACCUGGUCAAAUUGAAUGUUUUAUAUGGAGUGCCAGUGGUGCUAUCAUUACUGAAUCGUUUGCCAGUGAGUUCCCUACAGUUAUUGCAUAUAUUGUUGACACCCCAAGAAACACCAGUCCGACCACAUUCAUGUCCAACAUGUUGUAUGCUUGUUCUAUAUUGUACAAGACCAAGUUGCCAAUGAUUGUGGUAUUCAACAAGACUGAUGUUACCGAUUGUGAAUUUGCCAAGGAAUGGAUGACUGAUUUUGAAAGUUUCCAGGCAGCUGUUAAAAAAGACCAUGAGUUGAAUGGGGAGCAAACCAGUGGGUAUAUGAGUUCUUUGAUCAACUCAAUGAGUUUAAUGUUGGAAGAGUUUUAUUCAAACUUGGAUGUGGUUGGUGUUAGUAGUUAUACUGGAAAUGGGUUUGAUGAGUUUAUGGAUGCCGUUGAUAAUAAAGUGGAGGAAUAUAAUGAGUUUUAUAAAGCCGAGAGGGAAAGAAUUUUGAAGCAAAAGGAAGAAGAUGAAAAGAAGAGACAAGCCAAGUCUUUGAACAAGUUGAUGAAGGAUAUGAAAAUGAGUGACAAGAAGGACUCGGAAGUGUUGUCCGAUUAUGAAGACGAUGAUGAGGAAGUAGACGACAAGUACCAAGGGGAAGUAUUGAGAGAUGAGGAUGAAGAGCCGGAAAGAGAAUACACAUUUCCUGAAGAUCGUCAAGGAGAGGUUACAUCUUCGACCGAUGCUGAUUUACAAGCUCGAUACCAACAGGCAUUUGAGGCAACGGCAAAGCCUGCUUCCUCUAAAACUGCGGAAGACAUUGCCAACUACAUAAAUAGAAGUCAGUAA